AUGAACAAGUUCACAUUCUUCUGUGUGUCCUAUUGUUUUGCUCCGGUGGCUAUUUGGUCAUCUGCAGGACCUGAGUUGCAGCGUGGUGAUGGCUCCUCUGCUCCAUCUGGGGAAUUGUGCGUUCUCAACAACCAGUGUGGAGGCAGCAGUGAUGAAAAGCAAUGUGAGUCUCGGGGGGGUUUACUCUGUGAAAAGUGUGACUUUGAAACUGAUCUGUGCAAAGUCUUUCCUGAACUGAAUUUACAAUCUGGAUGGAUUAGAAGAAAUGGCCGAUCUGGUAUGGGAUCACCUUACUCUGACCAUACUGGGAAUGACACUGCUUAUUUCCUCUCAUUGCCUUCUGAAAUGGGAACCUCUUCUGCAAUUUUAAGGAGCAAUGUUUUCCUUCCGACUGACAAGGAACAUAUUUGCCAGAUUAAGUUUUAUUAUUGGAUCAAUCAAAUGAAUGCAACAUUGAUGGUGGGGCUUCAAAAGCAUUCUGAGGAUACUAUUAGAAACAUCUGGCAAUAUUCAGCAGAAUGGGAAAAUCGGUGGAAAGCAAAUACGAUCACAAUCAAUAGCACUGAAAAGUUUGAGGUUAUUUUCUGGGGAAUGGUAGAGACGCAGAAACAAGAUGAAACUGUUGCCAUUGAUGAUAUUUCUUUUGGUGAAGGAUGUUUUCCAGAAUUCGCACAGCAGAUUUCCAGUUUUGAGCUUGGCAUGUGUGAAUGGAAUUCGGAUCCAGCAGCUCUGCCCACAACCUGGGCACAUCUCCAAGCAGGGCACAAGCUUGCCUCCCUCUCCUCUCUGAAAGAUCAAAGCAACAGUAGUGACGGCCAUUUUGCAUGGGUAGAAGCUAACAACAAUAUGUUAUACAAAAGUGCUUAUCUUAACGACUCUACGUGUCAUUGCUUUGGCAAGAGCUGCCGUUUUCAAUUUCAUUACUCCGCGGCGGAAGGCAGCAUCCUCAAGGCAGUGCUGUAUACUAGGCAGGAAGAACAUAUCUUGUGGGAAACCAACAUAACGACUAACAAGGAAUGGAUCAAAGUGGAUGUACAAUUACCAGAAGGGCUAGAAAAAUUGAAGCUUACGUUUAAAGGAGCAGUUCAGAGCAGAGCAGGUUUUAUCUGUCUCCAUAACAUCCAGCUCAUGGACACUGAGCCACCGGAGUUACCAGAUUUCUGCUCCUCAGACAAAUUCAGCUGCGCUGACGGCCAGGCUAUCGAAAGAGGAUCAGCCUGCGACUCCCACCCAGACUGUCCCGAUGGAAGUGAUGAGGCCCCAGCAGCUUGCUCUAAUUAUACUAUGUGCAAUUUUGAGACUGACUUCUGUGGAUGGAAGCCACUAAGUACGGCUGAUGCUCAGUGGAAUAUAACGAAAGGAGAGGCUCCCCUUGACACAGGACUCCCUGACAGAGAUCAUACAACUAAUGCUGGACAUGGAGCAUACAUUUACUUUGAUGGAUCACAGCAGAGGAACACCGAGCUGGCCUUGUCUCGCCUGGGGAGCCCUUUCCUCGUCAAACUGUCCCCUGGACUUUCCUGCUGCCAGGUGAGAUUUUGGUAUCAGUUAUCUCAGGACUCCCAGCUUUCUGUCUUUAAGAGACCUGCCCUGGAUGGAAGUUUGGAAAAACUAUGUGACAUUUCAGGAUUGCCUGAGCUGCAGUGGACAAAAGCCAGUAUACCUGUAGAAACUGUAGCUGAGGACUUACCUUUUCAGAUCAUUUUACAAGCUACAAUUCUAUCAAAAAAUGCUACUGUUGCUGUUGAUGAUAUCAGUGUAACAGAGGAAUGUGAAGUUAUGAAUAAACCACUUUCAAGCAUCAGCCAAGAAAGCAAAGCUGCUGUGUGUGAUUUUGAAACAGACAAUUGUGGUUGGCUUGAAACUGUAAAUAAAGAUGAAUUUGACUGGAUAAGAAGUUCCAGUAGUGCUCUUCCACCUGAUUUUCAGACACAAGCUCCUCUACAGGAUCACACUUAUAACAAGUCUGAAGGUCAUUUUAUGUUCAUUCUGGUAAACAGCAGCAACAUUUCACAAGUUGCUCAACUACGAAGCCCAAAGUUCAGCCAAACUGGAUCAAGUUGCACAGUAUCUUUCUGGUAUUACAGUUAUGGACAGUCAGUUGGAGCAGCAGAGAUGCAAUUGCUUGUGGAUGGGCUGAAGGAGCCUACUGUCCUUUGGAGGAUAUAUUACAACCAGGGAAAUCAAUGGUUGAAGGCAUUCAUUCAGCUUGGACGCCUUCCACAUCCUUUCCAAUUAUCACUUGAUAAAAUCAGUUUGGGUUUUUAUGAAGGUGUCUCAGCAAUUGAUGAUAUUACAUUUGAAAAUUGUGCUCUUCCACCUCCAGCAAUAAGCUGUGAGGGUCCUGAUCAUUUCUGGUGCAGAAUCACAAAAGCGUGUAUUGACAGUUUAUUGGUAUGUGAUCUUGUGGAUAACUGCGGUGAUGGAUCAGAUGAAGACAACUGUAACCUUGACCUACAGUGCAACUUUGAAAAUGGACUGUGCAAUUGGGAGCAGGACAUAGAAGAUGACUUUGACUGGAUCAGAAAACAAGGUCCAACCCCCACGCUUAAUACAGGCCCAUUAAAGGAUCACACAACAGGCACGGUCAGAGGACACUACCUCUACAUGGAAUCCUCAGAGCCUUAUGUAUUCCAAAAUAAAGCAGUUUUGCUUAGUCCUGUCUUCAACUCUGAUGGCAACGAAACCUGCAUUUUUCGCUUUCAUUAUCAUAUGUUUGGAAAGCAAGUUUAUAAGCUGUCAGUCUUCCAAAGAACUGUGAGUAAUACCAAGGGACAGAUGCUGUGGUACAAGUUUGGAAAUCAAGGCAACAGAUGGAUAAGGCAGACACUCCACAUCAACAGCUCUAAGCCAUUUCAGAUUUUGGUGGAAGGUACUGUAGGAGAUGGCUUCACUGGAGACAUUGGAAUUGAUGACUUGUCCUUUCUAUCAUGUACUCUUUACAACGGAAAAUUGCCAGAAAUCUCUACAACUCCAUCAGGAACUUCAGCUCCUGCCACGCUCCCCAUGAACAAUUGCACAGAUGAGCAGUUUGUCUGUAGAGCCUCUGGCAAUUGCAUCCAGAUGAUCCAGAUGUGUGAUUUUAGGCCUGACUGCUCUGACAAAUCUGAUGAAGCACCUUGUGCAAGCGAAGUGUGCAAUUUUGAAGACAAAACCCUGUGUGGAUGGUAUCAGCCAGCCUUAGAAGAGACAGAAACUGUUUCCAUCCUUUCCACAAAUGUAUUCAAGUGGGGACUUGGAAGAGGAGCAAAUCUCUUCCCUGGGCAAGAAAAUCACAGCCCAUUAACUGAUCAUACUACGUUUACCAAAGAAGGCUGGUAUCUGUUUGCAGACAGCUCGGCUGGAGAAUUUGGUCAAACUGCUGACAUUGCUACUCCAGUUAUCUCCCUUACUGGGCCGAAAUGCAAAAUGGUGUUCUGGAACUAUAUGACUGGUGCAACAGUAGGUUCUCUGCAGGUACUCAGUAAAAUUGGUAACGUGACAUCUGAACUGUGGGCUCAAAGUGGUAAUCAAGGUACACAGUGGAACAGAGCAGAAGUGUUCUUAGGAAUUCGUUCAAGUUUUCAGGUUGUUUUCAGGGCAAAACGUGGUGUCAGUUACAUGGGAGAUGUGGCAGUGGAUGAUAUUACCUUUGAAGAUUGUUCCCCUUUGCUCAUCCCAGACAGACCUUGCACGUUAGAGGAAUUCACGUGUGCCAACAAGUACUGCAUCCCAAGGGAUAACCUGUGUGAUUUUGUAAAUCACUGUGCAGAUAACUCAGAUGAGAACCCUAACAUUUGUAGCACAGCUAUUGGGCGUUGUGAUUUUGAGUUUGAUCUUUGUGGCUGGAAGCAAGAUGAAAACGAUGACUUUGACUGGAAGCUCAGAACUAGCAGUACUCCAAAAAUGGGCACUGGACCAGCUGCUGAUCAUACUUUGCAAGAGCCAUCUGGACACUACAUUUUUAUAAAGAGUUCAUUCCCUCAGUUGCCAGAAGAAAAAGCCAGGAUUUCUAGUCCUAUGCUAAACAGAAGGAGUAAAAACUGCAAGAUACUUUUCUAUUACUAUAUGUAUGGAGCUCACACUGGAUCAUUGAUUGUCUAUCAGAGGACCACAACAGAACAAGAAAAAAUCCUCCUUAGUCUCACAGGAAACCAGGGAAAUUUCUGGCAGAGCAAGGCAUUGACCUUGGAUGGAGAUGAAGAUUUCCAAGUCAUCUUUGAAGGGACUGUUGGAAAAGGUCCCUCGGGGAACAUAGCGCUUGAUGAUCUCACGUUAUCCAGGGAGUGCUUACCAGCCCAGGAGUUUUUACCAGCAGAGCCCACAACAUUGCCUCCUGCAGGCCCCUGCUCACAUGGCUAUUGGGAAUGUCAGAACGGCAAGUGUUACAGACCAGAACAAAGCUGCGAUUUUGUAGACGACUGCGGGGAUAAUACGGAUGAGAGUGAAUGCGGAACUUCCUGCACCUUUGAGAAAGGCAGAUGUGGCUGGCAAAAUUCCCUGGCAGACAAUUUCGACUGGGUGCUGGGGGUCGGCUCGCCUCAGAGUCUGAGACCUCCCAGGGAUCACACGCUUGGAAACAGAACGGGACAAUUCCUGUAUCUUGAGGCUACUCCAAUAGGCCUGCAAAAUGAAAAAGCCCAUGUGAAGAGUUCCAAGUGGAAGGAGUCAAGCAGGAGUUGUGUGAUAAGCUUCUGGUACUUCAUGUCAUCAAAAGCCACAGGACGUAUUCAAGUUCUCAUUAAGACUGAUGAUGGAAUUGUGAAAAUAUGGAGUGACUCAGGAAAUCAUAGUGAUGAAUGGAUGAAAGUUGAGUUACAUCUGGGGAAGCUGAGGAAUUUUGAAGUUUUUUUUGAAGGCAUUCGUACCCGAGACCUAGGAGGAGGAGCAGCAAUAGAUGACAUAGAGUUCAAGAACUGCACCAUAGUUGGAGAGAAUCCAAGGGAAUGCCCUGCACUCACUGAUUUUGUAUGCUGGAACAAGAAUUGCGUAGCGUCUCAGUUUAUUUGUGACUAUAAGCCAGACUGUGAAGACCUGUCAGAUGAAGCUGAUUGUGGUUACUAUACAAGUAUUCCUGGAAGCUGCAACUUUGAGUCACAAGAAUGGACCACUGCAUGUGGAUUAACACAAGAUUCUAGUGAUGAUUUUGACUGGAAUAUUAACAGUGCUGUCACUGGACAAACAGGUCCUGAUGCUGACCAUACACCAGGUAAAGGUCGGCAUUUUUUGUAUGCAAACUCAUCUGCCCAGAAGGAAGGAAACAGAGCAAGGAUAAUUACUACCAAAUUCUUCCCUGCCAGCCUUGGGAUCUGUAGAGUUCGGUUCUGGUUCUGGCUAUUCGCUUCUAAGCAAACAGGAGUCUUAAAGGUAUACACAGUUGAAGAACGUGGAACAGAUAUUCUUAUGUGGUCUUCUAGUAGAAAUGAAGAAAACAAGUGGAUGUAUGCAAAUGUGGUCCUAUCCAGUAACAGUCCUUUCAGAGUUGCGUUUGAAGCUGAAGUGGGGUGGAGCGAAUCGACGGAGUUUGCUCUUGAUGAUAUUUCUUUCACUCCAGACUGUACUGAUGGAGGACCAGCUGAUCCAUACCCUCCAGCUUGCGGUAGUGACCAGUUCACAUGUGCAUAUGUGCAGCAGUGUUUGCCCCUCACUGCAAAAUGCAAUGGAACUGAAGACUGUGCAGAUGGAAGUGACGAAAUGAACUGUCCCACGAAGGUCCCUACCACAGCGUCUUCAGGGCUCUGCAAGCAAACUGAAUUCCUGUGUCCUUCAGAAGGGUGUAUCCCAUCCCUCCUGAAAUGUGAUGGUGUGCCUGACUGCCAGCUUCACGAGGAUGAAAUCGGCUGCCCCAUGCAAGAUUGUUUCAAAGGCUCCUUGUUAUGUGUGUCAACUAAUCAAUGCAUUCCAGUCUCCCAGCGUUGUGAUGGUGUUGUAGACUGUGCUGAUUUCAGUCCUGAUGAAUCCAGCUGUUCAGAUUGUCCUGAAGAAUACUGCAGAAAUGGUGGAACCUGUGUCAUCAGAGAUGCUGUUCCUUUAUGCCAAUGUGGAAAAGAAUGGGAAGGAAAUCGUUGCCACCUAAGUGCUAAGCCUCUUCAAUGGCCAGCUCCCAGUCUCCUUUCAAGUGAUAUUUGGAUUGGAUUGGGUGUUGGUUUCCUGCUGAUUGACAUUACAAUUGCUGCCCUCUGUUUCCUUUCAAAGAAGAAAACACCAGAAACGAACCUGAAUGAAAACCCUAUUACUUCAUUUGCCAACCCAUUGUACAAAGACCUUAGUCCACCUGGGAAUGUAAAGCCUCAUGGGUAUACUGCUUCGCCUGUUGUUCAAAUCAGUGUUUCUCCAUGGCAUGAGAAUCCUUCUAAUAAAGAUGUGAAUGCUAAUUCUUUUCCAAAUCCUCUCUAUGGUGAGGCAGCAGAAGACCUCAAGAAAUUAUACAGUUUCAGGAAAAUGGACAUAAAAUGGGAUUAA